AUGAAGAUCAUCGUCGUCGUGCGGGACCCGGUAAUGAGAGCGAUUUCAGAUUAUACCCAAGCAUCCUCAAAGCGUAAGAUGCUCGGAGCGAUGCCCACAUUCGAAGACAUGGCUGUUGGUAACUGUGCGCCAUGGUUGAAGACGAACUGUUCGUUGAAAGUGGGAGGUGUCAAUGUUGGAUGGGGAGCAAUCCGCAUCGGAAUCUACCACAAGCACAUGAAGAGAUGGCUUGACAAUUUCCCCAUGGAGCAGAUACACAUUGUUGAUGGCGAACGGCUUGUCACACAACCAGCUUUGGAAGUUAGCCAGACCGAGAGAUUUCUUGGAUUGGAGCCAGUGGUGACAGCGGAACAUUUUGGUGUCGAUCCAGUGAAGAAAUUUCCAUGUGUUCGUCGACCUGACGGUAACCUUCACUGUCUCGGCAAGACCAAAGGUCGAAAGCAUCCACGAGUCCGACGUGAGGUCCUUCAGCGGCUACGUCGCUUCUACCAACCCGAGAAUCAAAAAUUCUUUCAAGAUGAUAAAUCAGUACCUCCAUUGGUAGCCGUUUGUAUAUCAGUUUCAGUAUUCUAG